AUGAACUACGAUGUCUUAUUUUGUAUUUAUAACGGUGGUAUCCAACAUAUGGAAGCUACUUUAGUCAGAAGGAGAAGUAAUGAUGGUAGAACGGAGAGACAAUGGUGGACUAUCGUGCAACCUAGCUUGACCGACGAACCUCUUCUCGACAGCAGUGGUAGAGCAGUGCGACAAAGUACGUUUAAGGAACACUAUCGAUACGCGAACCUUUCUGAGCGAGAUACCAAUUGGCCUGUGUGGAAGCAAGUUGCUGUUGUUAUGUGGAGAUUUUGCAACACUCAUUUUGGAUAUCGAAUGGCGAAGGAUCAGUUUGGUUGUAGUCACGGUAGCUAUAACAAAUUCACGGACAGGUUCAUCGGCGCUAUGAGUACCGAUAUAAUGGACAGAGCGAUUACAUGGUCUACGACUGUUCAAAGAACUAGAGCUAUUCCGAAUGGAUUUGCAAAAGAUACCCAGAAGGGACACCGAAGAUUGGAAAAAGUUAUUGGUGCCAUCGAUUGA